AUGUCGCCCGCCUCCUCUCCGGCCACCCUCCCGGCCUCGCUUAUCGGUGCUACGCCCGCGCCCAGCUCCUGCCUGCGCGCCCGCACGUGUCGUCCGCGCACGACCACACGCAGCUGCGCCCCAUCUUCCUCCAACCGCGCCCGACUCCGCCACACGCUCCUCUCCAACACACGCCGAGCGCCGCUGCCUCCCGUGCCCGCGCUGGCGGGGCCCCGGCUCCAGCUCCGCCGCUGCAACGCCCCCUGCACACCCGCGCCCGCUGCUCCGUGCUGCCUUCUCCACCUGUCUGUCAGCCCUCCGGCUGUACGCCCGCACGCGCUCGCGCGCCCCCUGCCGGCCGGCUCCGCCCGCCCCCGUCUCCCGCUCGCCCUCGCGCCGCUCCGGCUGCGGCCGGGGCCCCCAUGCCGUGUGUUGUUCCGGCUCUGCGCCUCCAUCCGCCCGCGUGCAGCGCCUCCGACCAUUGCGUCCUGCUGUCUCCUGCGCCGCCCUAAGCUGCCCAAGCCCGGAUCCACCAUGGCUGACUCGCCACGCGCCUCCGCCGUGCCCGGCUCCACCAUGGCUGACUCGCAACGCGCCUCCGCCGUGGCCGACUCGCCCCGUGCCGGCUCCCUGCCACGCCUCCCUGCACGUCCGGCCGUGCGAUGGCAUGCUCCCACCGGCUACGCCCAGCGCAGCCACCUCCCGCUCCCCUCCGGCUGCGCGCGCCCGGCCCACCUCCAUGUCGACGGCCUUCUCUCCAGCUCCAUCCUCCUCCGGUGA